AUGGGCAAGCCAAAGCAGUUCACGCGUCCGCCGAAGAAGCAGAAAGGCAAGGCCGAGCCACAGACUGCAGAUGAGUUUCAAGGAGCCGCAGAUCUUGAAGAAGAGACGGGCGGCAAGUGGCGUGCAGGCGAUCCGGCGAAGUCUGGACGAGCAUUCGUUCGAGCCCUUGAUAUAUACGACAAGGGAUUGCAGAGAUAUCCAAAGUCUUUCGACUUGGCAUACAACAAAGCCCGGCUAGAAUUGGAGAUCACACAACGACCUGCCAUCGUCUCACACAUCGGACAACCACUUGUAGAUCUACUCAAGCAGACUCUGGACUCUCAUAGAUAUGCCCUGAAACUAAACGAGCAGAAUCCAGAUGUUCUCUUCAACACAUCACAAGUCUUGACGAGUCUAGCCGAGCAGCUGUCUGAAGUGGACGACACGGCCGGUGCCAUUGGAUUGUUGCAGGAGGCGCUUGAGCUGUUAUCAGCAUGUCUAUCGAGGCAGGAGAUGUUGCUAGAGCAGCAGCAGAUUGACCUUGAAGAUAUCGAAGGAGGCGGUGUCGCACUAGAUCCCGACGAGAAGCCUGCAUCUACAGCAGGAUCAGACCAGUCCGAGCAGACUGUCACCAUCGAGACCCCGAUCACUGCCAGCGAUCUGCUCGACGCUGUUGUUGCUUCCAUGUCUGCUUUGACAACUUUGGUCGCACUUGUGGAGCAUCAUGCGUUGGAUGCACUGGGUGAGAUGGCACAGUCACUCACAGAACGCAAGGCUCCUAUCUACCUUGCUGAAGUAGCCGAAGGUGAACGCAUCAAGGCUCAAUUCGCCAUAGCAUUGGCAAGAGCAAACUUUGUCGCCGCGUUCGCCAGCGCACAGUUCGAUGCCUUCCUACUAGAAGCCGACACCUACCUCAAUCGGCUGUCUGACGUCUUCAGCUUCGCAGGCAAAGAUACAGACACGACCUCGUUGAGCUCCGAGGCCUCAGCAAGAACGGAGCUUGUACUGUCAUUACUGCAGCGAUAUGAAGGCUCGCCGGACUUGCCAGCAGACUUGUGCUGGAAGCAACUCACACUAGCACAACAGCUCUACACGACCGCGACGAAACUGGAUAGCAGUGCCGAAAUCUAUCUAUCACGAGGCGAUGUUGAAAUGCUCCGCCAUCGUGUCGCUAGUACAUCUGCGAACAAGCUCUCACCUGUAGUGCAGAGAAGUGCUCCAACACUGGCACAAAACGCCCAAACGUACUAUACCGGUGCAGUCAAGCUCGCUCCGAGUGAUAACGCUGACGUUCGCGACAACGCACUUUCAAGGCUUUCUGUGGCCACGGCCCUCCGCGCUCUGCUGUACCAAGUCGAUUCGCCAAGCGAUGCACCAGGUCCACCUUCGCAUGAUAUUCUCGAGACGUGCGUAGAGGAUGGACUGCUGGACGCUGAUGUGGCGAAUGGGAUGGCAAGCAUGUCUUUCAAGUCGUGA